CUCUGUCUGUCCCCGCUCCCCGCCCUUCUCUCUCCCGAUCCAGACGGCGGAUUCGGAGCCCCGAGUAAGGGGGCUGUUGGGGGAGGGGAACUGGGGAGAACCCCCGCCCCAGGACCCAGGAUGCCCACCUCCGCCCCCGGCGCCGAGUACUGGAUUGACGGCUCCCACCGGGACACCGCCCUGCGCGAUUUCUACACCGUGGGCCGGGAGCUGGGCAGGGGUGCCACCUCGGUUGUGUUCUACUGUGAAGACAAAGGGACGCGGGAACCCUACGCUGCCAAGAUCCUGAAGAAGACAAUUGACAAAAAGAUCAUAAGGACCGAAAUUGGAGUUUUACUGAGGCUCUCACAUCCAAAUAUUAUCAAGCUGAAGGAGAUCUUUGAAACGCCCUCCGAGAUUGCUCUGAUUCUUGAGCUGGUGACGGGAGGAGAACUCUUUGACAGGAUCGUGGAACGGGGUUUCUACAGUGAGCGAGAUGCUGCCCAUGUGGUCAAGCAGAUCCUGGAAGCAGUAGCGUAUUUACAUGCGAACGGAGUCGUCCACAGGGACCUGAAGCCCGAAAAUCUCCUGUACGCAGAUCUCUCUCCAGAUGCUUCUUUAAAAAUAGGCGAUUUUGGGUUGUCUAAGAUUGUGGAUGAACAAGGCACCAUGAAGACUGUCUGUGGAACUCCAGGAUAUUGCGCUCCUGAAAUUCUCCAUGGGGGGCCGUAUGGACCUGAGGUGGACAUGUGGUCAGUGGGAGUCAUAACCUACAUCCUGCUGUGUGGGUUCGAGCCGUUUUUCGACGCCCGAGGAGAUCAGUACAUGUACAGCAGGAUCCUGAACUGUGACUAUGAGUUUAUUUCGCCCUGGUGGGAUGAGGUCUCGCUCAACGCCAAGGAUCUGGUUCAGAAACUGAUCGUCCUGGACCCACGAAAGAGGCUCACCGUGCAUCAGGCCCUAGAGCACCCCUGGGUUACGGGCAAAGCGGCUAAAUUUGCCCACAUGGACAGCACCCAGAAGAAAUUACAGGAGUUCAAUGCCCGACGGAAGUUGAAAGCCGCAAUGAAAGCCGUCGUGGCCUCCAGCCGGCUGGGAAACCAUGGGCAUCACGACGGCUCCAGGAACAGCCGGGGACACGUCGGUACCAAAGAAACCUGCAGUCCUGCGGGCGGCCAGAUCUCUGGCCCGCCAGAGGGAGCGGGGAACAAGAGCAGUUUGGCCAAGUCUGAGGGCCUCGAAGCCUCCCUGAAAGAGGGUUCUGCUGCUUCCCAAGUUGUUUCCAAUGGAGCCGGCUGUGAAAGUUAGCACUGUAAAUAGAGGUGGGGGUGGGCAUGUGUUCCCCGGGGGCAGGGGUGGGCUGGAGAAGGCCAGGGGAGCUGCUUCCUCUUAGAACCUUAGCGGUAUCUCUUUCACGCUUGAGCCAAGGGACUUAUAGAAUGGUAGAUAAAGGAGAGAAAACGGCAGAGGGAGGAGGAACGUGGAAAGGUGAGCACCUGAGAGCGUUAGAACCACACUUCUGGGUUUGGGAAGAUUUCUUGAUGGAUCAGACUUGCCUGGGGAAGCUGGCAGUGACAUUUUCGGGUGAUGGGUUUGUACUGUAAAGAAAAUAAAGCGAUAGAAUCCUAGGGCUGCCCUCCUCCCCCUUUUGCUCCCCGACCCUCCAUCAAUGGUAUUUACUGAGUGCUUACUAUGUGCAGAGCACUGUACU